AAAGAACGAGCGAGAUGGAGCGAAACUACUCCUCGCUCUCGCUUGCUCAUUCACGACUACCGAGGUGAGGAGCCGAUCCGUCCGAAAAGAAAAAUGGCAAAAUGGUGCUGUGGUGUCUAGAAAGGUGAAAAUCGACUGCCGUCGCAGCCCAUGGCGGCCGGAGGAGAGUUUGUCGAGGGCUGGCUGGUGGCGCAGGUGCUUGGGGAAGGUGCUUACGGAGAGGUUCGGCUCCUGGUGCACGGGCGGUCGGGCGCGUGCGUGGCGCUGAAGGCCGUGGAGGCGGGCGAGAGUCAAGGCGCGGGCUCGCGCGAGGCCGCCAUCCACCGCGCGCUGCGGCACCCGCACGUGCUGCGCUGCCUGGGCGAGCGCCGACAUCUGCAGCGUCACUAUCUGUUUCUGGAGUACGCGCAGGGGGGCGAGCUGUUCGACCGCAUCGAGCCGGACGUGGGCAUGAGCGAGGGCAUGGCGCGGCGGUACUGGCGGCAGACGGUGGAGGGCGUGCGCUACCUGCACUCGCGGGGCGUCGCGCACCGGGACCUCAAGCCCGAGAACCUGCUGCUCGACGCGCACGAUAACAUCAAGAUAUCCGACUUCGGGAUGGCCACCCUCUUCAGACACGGCGCGACGGAGCGGCUCCUGACGCGCGUGUGCGGGACCCUGCCCUACGCCGCGCCCGAGGUGCUGCGCCCGCCCUACCGCGCCCCGCCCGCAGACCUGUGGGCCGCGGGGCUCGUGCUGGCCGCCAUGCUGGCCGGCGAGUUGCCGUGGGAGCGCGCGUGCCCGGAGGACGCUCGCUACGCGGCGUGGGCCGCCUGGGUCGACGGCGCCGCCGGGGAGGGUGACGCCCCGCCCCCGCCCCCGCCCCCGCCCUUCAACAAGGUGUCCCGCGCCGCGCUGCACGUGGUGCGCCGCGUGCUGGCGCCCGCCCCGCGCCGCCGCCCCACGCUGGCGCGCCUGCUCGCGCACUCCUGGCUCACGGAGGGCGGCCCCACGCACGCAGAGAGCGGGCGGCUGUGGCGGUCGCAGCCGGCCGCGGCGGGCGCGGGCGACCACGACCACGACCGCGACCGCGACCAGUGCGACGGAGCCCUGAGCGCGGCGGCCGGCGCUGUGGACGCGCUCAUGUCGCACUCCCAACCCGCGCACGUGGACGAUCUGCUGCUGGCCUCGCAGCUGUCCCCGCCCUGCACGCAGCCGGACAUCUCGGGUCGCGUGGUGCGGCGCAUGACGCGGCUCCGCGUGCGGGGCGACGAGGAGAGCGCGCUCCGGGCGCUGGGCGCCGCCGCGCUGCAGCUGGGGUACGCGGCCCGGAGGCUGCACCGACAUGUGAUGGCGAUCGAGUGCGACUCCGAGGUGAAGAUGCGAGCGUGGGUAGCGCGGGGCUCCGGCGGCGCCUUACUGCUGGAGUUCCGGCGCUCGCGGGGCUGCGGCCUCGAGUUCAAGCGGAGAUACCUCAAGCUGCGAGAACAGCUCCAGCACCUCGCCAUCCGGGACCACCGCCACCAGGAGGAACCCAUGCAACAUUGACCGACAUGCACGGAAACUCAUCAACGCCAAAUUGUUCCCACCAAUGUCAAGUCUCUGUUCGAGCGGACGAAACCCGCAGAUGGGACUGCGGAAGAUAACGUAAACGACGGAAGAAUUUGUGGUUUCACUCUUCGCAGCGCCACUAUACUGUAAAACGUUUAUGACUGAUGCUUGAUGCCUUAUUUUUGUAUUAUAUAAAGAUCGUACAUUCCUAAGAUUGUUUUUAAAUUGGUUUUUUAUUUAAACGUACCUACCUACUUAUAAAAUGUGAG